AUGCGCUCUGCGCUCGCCAGCGACUCGGGUGCAAUCAACCCCACCAGACCAUCGGUGGGGAAAAAGAGGGGGCGAAGAAAAACCCCAUUGCCAACUUCCAAUGACGGCAGCGCGUCAUCCUCCGGUACUGAGGUGCCGGAAAAGACGAUGGCCAUCGAGGAGGUGACUCCGGUGGUUUCGGGGUCUGCUGCUGCGUCGGAAGACGCGAUGCCUGCUCCCCAGUGGGCACCAGUAAGGAGGAGGGGCGCGGUGUCAGCGGCGACGUCGGUGGAGUCGAUGUCGACGUCGGCUGCGUCCCUGGCUAGCGGGGACGAGACGUUCCGGGACCUCGACCUUGCGCUUGUUAAUUUGGGUAAGCUGCUGUCGACUGUGGCUGCUAAGGGCGCCGAGCCAGGCAGCAGUUACCGGAAAAGGCUCCGGGAGGCAGCCGCUAUGGUUAAAACGAGGCUGAUCCCCACCAUGUCCAAGCUCCAUGACUUGGUAGCGAGCCGAGAGGUGGAGAGCAAAGGUCACGUCUCUCAGUUUGACUCCAGAGAGAGUCGCAUCCCGGGAGACACCCUGGCCUUGCGGGGAGCGACUCCCCUGUUGCCGAGGCCCGCGCUGGCACGCGCUGGGCCCCCCGCGGGGGCGAUGGAUACUACUGUGCACUUGCGGUCCGCGAUGAGUGUGGUGGCACCCAUGCCAGAGCCCAUCUCCGAGGCCCCUGUUCCGCUGGCGCCUACUCCUGCGAUCCCUCGCCCUCCACGAAGGGUUGAGCUAAGGCCUGCGCCACCUCCGCGGAUAUCGGCCGCCCCUGCAUCUGCACGUAGAGGAAAGAUAAACCCUACGCCAGCGCGGGCUGAGGACAUCCGUUCGCCACUGGCGAGGAUGGUGGAUGAGUGGCCAACGCUACCGCGGCCCAGGCCUGCAGAGCCGCCUCUUUCGCCCUCGCGUGCUGCGGGGUCACAGAGGCCAUACAACAUGGCUGCUGGGACGGAAGAAGUAGACAACUCCCUCCCAAGCAGAGAGGAAAUGGUGGCCUGCAUUUCGCGGGCGGUGGCGGUUGAGGUUAGCAAGCACUUUGCCAGCCUCGAGAAGAUACUCCGCUCCUCCAUUGGCUCCGGGGACUGUGUCCCGGCGCCAACAAACGCCGCCGUCCCGCGGGGCCAGGCCGCCCGGCCGACCUCCACCCCCACCUCAUCCACAAGGUUGGCACGACGUGGAGGCCGCAAUCAAAAUAACAGGGGUACGGGUGCCCAGAAUCCUGCCCUGAAAUCCCAGCCCCGUCCCCUUCCUCCUCCCCCGUCAAGCAUGGACGAGGGCUGGACGGAAGUGGUGAAGCGGGGCAAGAAAGGUAGGCAAAAGACAGAGGCUCUGACAGCUCCCAGAGGGGCUCGAGCGCUGACCGCUGCAGCCCGAAGUCCAAAGCGCUGGUGGCCGUGGCUGCUCCUCGCGAGGGCGCGCGCGGCCGUCAACUUAGCGGAAAUCGGGGCAGAGGAAGGUCUCUGCUUCUGGCAUACCGCCAAUGGAGCGAAGCUGCUGGAGUGUCCCGGUGCGGAUAGUUCUGGUGUCGCAGACAGACUAGUGGCGACGCUCCGCGUGGCGCUGCCGGAGAAUGAGGUGCGCGUGCACAGGCCGGUGAGGAUGGUCGAGAUCAGGAUCACCGGCCUGGACGACUGGUACUCCGGAGCUAGGUCAGCGUGGGCGCGCUGCCCUGUGGAGGCAGCCACUUCCUUGGCCACUCCUCCGCCGGGAAGGUCAAUGGGGGAUCCGAGGAGACAGCGCUUCCCUAAAUUUGAUCUACGCCGUUUUAAUACUGAGCGUAUUAAAGAGGCUAUAGAACGAAACAAAGGCUCCAAGGUGUUCGCGAGAGAUUUGUCUCUUGGGAAAAGCCAGUUGACAAGACUGAAGAUCGAUGAUGGCAGGAUCAUUUCGUCCAAGCCUGAGCUUUUGAGAGAGGUCGAGAAGUUCUAUGGACAGCUAUACACAUCUACUCGACAACCCGUGGAAUAUCUAGCAAAGGAUCCAAGAGCUAGAUUAGUCCGACACUAUACCGAAGAUAUCCCCGACAUCAGCCUGUGCGAGAUUAGAAUGGCUCUCAAGCAACUUAAGGACAACAAGGCACCGGGCGAGGAUGGAAUUACCGUCGAACUUCUGAAGGCGGGUGGAAAACCAGUCCUUCGGGCCCUACAAAAUUUAUUUAAUUCCGUCAUUCUCGAUGGGAAUGUGCCCCUGGCAUGGACCAGAAGUGUGGUGGUACUGUUCUUCAAAAAGGGUGACAAUACUCGUUUGAAGAAUUAUAGACCCAUCUCACUUCUGAGUCAUGUCUAUAAGUUGUUCUCGAGAGUUAUUACGAACCGUCUCGCGCGCAGGUUUGAUGACUUCCAGCCACCCGAACAAGCCGGUUUCCGAAAAGGCUAUAGUACCGUAGACCACAUUCAUACGUUGCGGCAGAUUGUACAAAAGACCGAGGAAUAUAACCUGCCGCUUUGCUUAGCAUUUGUGGACUACGAGAAAGCCUUUGAUUCGAUUGAAACCUGGGCCGUGUUACAGUCUCUCCAACGGUGCCAAAUUGAUUAUCGGUAUAUCGAAGUGUUGAGGUGUUUGUAUGAAAACGCUACUAUGUCAGUCCGAGUACAGGACCGGGCUUCAGAACCUAUCCUUCUGCAGCGGGGCGUGAGGCAAGGAGAUGUUAUUUCUCCGAAACUAUUUACCGCUGCGCUGGAAGAUAUUUUCAAAGUUCUGGACUGGAAAGGACUAGGCAUCAACAUAAACGGCGAGUACAUAACUCACCUUCGGUUCGCCGAUGAUAUUGUGAUUAUGGCCGAGACCAUGGAGGACCUCAGUACAAUGCUCAAAGACCUCAGUAGGGCUUCUAUCCGAGUGGGUCUAAAUAUGAACAAAGAAAAAACAAAAAUUAUGUUGAAUGCUCAUGUAGCGCCCACUCCAGUAAAGAUCGGAGGCUCUACGCUCGAAGUUGUUGACGAGUAUAUUUACCUGGGACAAACUGUCCAGCUAGGUAAGUCCAACUUCGAAAAAGAGGUCAACCGUCGAAUCCAGCUCGGAUGGGCAGCGUUCGGAAAGCUACGUAAAAUCUUCUCAUCACAAAUACCACAGUGUCUCAAGACGAAAGUCUUUGACCAGUGUGUGUUGCCAGUGAUGACAUAUGGCACUGAGACGUGGUCGCUCACAAUGGGCCUUAUGAGAAGGCUCAAGGUCACCCAAAGAGCAAUGGAGAGGGCUAUGCUCGGAGUUUCCCUGCGAGACCAAAUCAGAAAUGAGGAGAUUCGCAGGAAAACCAUGGUAACCGACAUAGCCCAAAGGAUUGCGACACUGAAGUGGCAGUGGGCAGGACACAUUGCUCGCGGAACAGAUGGCCGUUGGGGCCAGAAGGUUCUUGAGUGGCGACCGCGUACUGGGAGACGUAGCGUGGGUAGGCCUCCCACAAGGUGGGCCGACGACCUAUUAAGGUUCGCGGGGAUCCGCUGGAUGCAGGCAGCGCAGGACCGGUCUUUGUGGCGAGGCUUGGGGGAGGCCUAUGUCCAGCAGUGGACGUCCAUGGGCUGAUAGAUAGAUA